AUGGCCGGAACUCAGAACGACUUCCCUCCGCCUGGGCCAGACCAAAGAGUUCGACGGCUAGCUGCAGAUAUUCGCUCAGAGAAGCUAUCAAAAAACCGAAGGUUUAGUAUGCUAAAUCACGUCAACCCCAAGAUUCCCAUGCACGAAAUCGAACGUGUCCAAAUCACGGACACGCUGGCGUGGUGUCAUGGCCUUGGUGGCUUCACAGAAGAGGACACUCGCAGGCUAGCCAGUAUCUUCUUGAGCCCAGAGGCACUGCACAGGAAGGCGUACAGCGGCAAGGGCCUGCAAGCUCAAGACUUCAAAAGGCUCCGUGCCGCUGGCUUCACCGAUACGGAUCUUCGAAGGCUGGGUUUGCUUGGCUAUGGCCUGUCCGAUGAUGAGGUUGUGAGGCUGGAAGCAGCAGGAUUCAACAAGGAGGUGCUUCAAAGGCGACUUCUUUCUGGUGAUGCCUUCACACAGGAUGAGCAGACAAGGUUGAGAACUGAAGGCCUUCCCGUAGAGCGAUUGCGAAAGCUCCUAGCUGGUUCUGGCAAAUUCUCCAUGAGCGAGAAAGAGAGGUUGAUGAGGGCUGGCUUGUCCGAGAUGGAAGUUCGAAGGCGUCUCGUUGGAGGUGAAGAUUUCGAUGAGGAAGAAGUUGAGAGGCUGGAUCAAGUGGAGUUGCCGCUCUACGAGCUUCGAAGGCGCAUCUUACAAGAUGAGAUUUUCUCCACCGAAGAGCGUUUGAGGCUUGGUGUCGUGGGUCUUGACGAAGCAAGUAUUCAGCAGCGCUUGGAAGACCGAGAACCCUUCACUGCCGACGAGCUGUUCAGUUUGGAAAGCGCCGGCUUUGAUCCAGAAGAAUUACAUCGCCGACUUCAUGGUGAGAGCUGCUUCUCUCCUUCAGAACUGCAAACGUUGGCUCUCAUCGGAAUGUCUGAAGAGGAUAUUGUCAGGAGCUCUGCAACACGUCAAGAGCAGCGUCAACAUUUGAAGUUGUUGGCAUUGCACUUCAUUAUGGGAUGUCCUUACCAUAUCAUCGUACAACGCACAAGAAUGGAGGGAUUCCAGAUUUUUGCGGAUUACAAGUUCGUUGCCCUGCUGAAUCGCAUGAGUGAGAGCAACAGCCUGCAUCACCAUGCAGCGGACCAGCUGAACUUCACACGCUACGAUUCAUUCACCUUUAGCAUCCUAAGGCUGCAAAAGGGUGGUUUCACCUUGGCCAAGCUGAUUAGGCAAGCAGCAAGGGUGGUGGCACUGUGUGGUUUCCAUCGCUUCCACUAG